GCGGGCUGGUUGUUGGGGGAAUCGGCCGGCAAGCCUCAGUCAGCCAUAGGUGUUGGCCGUGUGUGGUUGUGUGUACGGGAGUCGCUGGGUGCCGCUCAACUCGCUGUAACAGAUAUCAGACCGAAUCACUCAGACUGAGACUUCCUCACAAGAAAGUUGUAUCCAGUGUUGCAUUAACGUGACUACAGACCCGACAAGCCAGGCGUCAGUGUGACACAGGUCACCCGCCCGAACACCACAGUCACUCAGGGCCACCAGGAGCUGCUUCAGGACACUGCCGCCACCGACCAGUCCCAGGGCACUAACACUCCUCCUUACUAACCUUCGCAGGGUGCUGGUGUAGGCCCGCCACCCAGGCCUACCUGCAAUCUCGUGCCCACAACUUACCUACCUACUCAUCCAUCCCCUAACGCCCUCGCGAUGGAUCAGGUUGGUCGAGCAGUGCGAAGGGCACUCCCCGGGGGCUGGUCGUGCCUGAGAUCCGUCUUGGACCAGACCCGGGCUAUUCCUGUCCGUCCUCGUCUCAGAUGCAUGUCUCAUGUUUUAGCGAAACCUUCAGUCACGGAUGUCGUCCAGCCCUCCGCCACAAGUGCUGCAUGCAGGCACCUCUUUACCUCUAGAGAGUCAGAAGCUUCGUGGAGGGAGAGCAUCUGCAUCUCAGUGGACUGCGAGGAUGAAACGGUGCCGCCCGUCAACAUGGAGGACCAGCUCUUCGAUAUGUUCAAGGACGAAACCGACAGCACCGUCCACAUGGGAAAGUUCCUAGCGGCCUUGUCGGAGACCGGGCUGAGGAAGACGGAUCCUCGCCUGAAGGAGUUAAGAAACAACCUGAUGGAGGUACACACCAGCAUGGACGACCCCCGCCACUCCCCGCCUUCCUCAUCCGUGCUGGACAGAGCUACCUUCAAGAGGGACCGGCACGGUCGUUCCCAGAGUCCCUCAGUGAAUGGAUCACCUCGACGCUCACUGCCCAUCAUCUCACCAACCUCAAGAUGGCUCGACAGACAACAGUUCAAGAAAGUGAUACAGGACAACAUUGUGCUCAUAUCUCGGGCACUCAGGCACCAGUUUGUCAUUCCUGAGUGGCACGAGUUCACACAAUACAUUGAAGAAUUCUACUGGUCGGCCAAGACCCUCACGGGGGGCAAGGUUGCUUCAUACAUUCCCCAGCUUGCCAGGUUCCACCCUGAUCUAUGGGGUGUGUCCGUGUGUACUGUGGAUGGCCAGCGCUAUGAUAUAGGAGACACAAACGUGAAUUUCACCAUGCAGUCAUGCAGCAAGCCAAUAACUUACGCCAUUGCACUCAAUGAAUUAGGAAAUGAAACUGUUCACAAGUACGUCGGCACAGAGCCCAGUGGACGCAUGUUUAACGCCAUUGUGCUGGACUACAAUGACAAGCCUCACAACCCCUUAGUGAAUGCGGGGUCAAUCAUCAUCAACAGUCUUCUGUACUGUCUAGUCAAGCCUGACAUGUCUUCCUCUGAAAAAUUUGACUUCGUUCAAAAUUACAUGAAGCGUCUCGCCGGUGGGGAGAACGUUAGCUUCAGUAAUGGAACCUUCCUGUCUGAACGAGAGAAUGCUGACAGGAAUUACUCGCUGGGUUACUACAUGCGGGAGAACAAGUGCUUCCCUGACAAGUGUGACCUCAUGUCCUCCCUCGACCUCUACUUUCAGAGUUGCUCCAUGGAGGUGACAGCAGAGACCAUGUCAGUGAUGGCAGCAACACUGGCCAAUGGUGGCAUCUGCCCCACCACUGGUGAGCAAGUGUUGAAGCCUGAUGCUGUAAGGGAUGUGCUCUCCCUCAUGCACUCCUGUGGCAUGUAUGAUUACUCUGGUCAGUUUGCCUUCAAGGUGGGACUGCCAGCCAAGUCUGGGGUGUGUGGUGCUGUCAUGCUGGUCAUCCCCAAUGUCAUGGGCAUCUGUACUUGGUCACCGCCGCUCGACUCCCUCGGCAACUCAGUCAGGGGCCUCAAAUUUUCUGAGGAACUUGUACAGGUGUUCAAUUUCCACCGUUACGACAACCUUCGUCACGCCGCCAAUAAGAAGGAUCCUCGCAAGCAGAAGUUUGAGUCACGGGGUCAAAAAGUGGUGUCCCUCCUCUUCUCUGCCAGCUCAGGGGAUGUUACUGCCAUGAGGAGGUAUGCACUGGCUGGCCUGAACAUGGGACAGAAGGACUAUGAUGGCAGGACAGCACUUCACCUGGCAGCAUCUGAGGGCCAUAUGGAUAUUGUUGUCUUCCUGCUGGAGAAGUGUCACGUUCCACCAAGCCCCAAGGACAGGUGGGGCCACACACCAGCAGAUGAUGCUGACGAGUUUGGGCAUUUUGAAGUAGCAGAAUACAUUAAGAGUGUAGAGAGUAAGCUAGAGAUGGCAAAGGAGGCAGUAGUCAUACCAGAGGUUGAGGAGGAGGCUCAGGCUGAACAGUAAGGAACAAACUUUUUUUGGUUUCACUUAUUCCUCAAUGCCUCAGAAUUAUAUUACAUAUAUAAUUAAGCAAAUGUAUUGGUAUUUUGAAGUACUUAAACAUUUUCUCUUACACACACACACACACACACACACACACACACACACACACACACACACACACACACACACACACACACACACACACUUUAUUAGCUGUGAUUACUAGCUCAAUUCCUUUGUAUGUGACUGAGCACAUGCUGCAUUUUAGGUCUUUGUUGAUAGGGUUUCAUUUUAGGUCAAGACAUGUUACUCUUUUACAAACACUUUUUUUUAUUACUUUGCAUUUACUAAUAAUUUAUUAAUGUAUAAAAAAUUUUAAUCCUCCAACAUUUUAGAAUUUCAUAGUGUAAUGAAUUUCUACCAAAACAUUAUUGAACAGUAAACUUUUCUAGUCAAAAAGCAAAAGAAAGUAUUGAUCAAAGUUUUCUUGAAAGUUGUUUAUGAAAUCUACACAUUCAUAAGUGACAGACUUGAUGAUGUAAUAUCUUUAACACUGAGGUAAUAACUUUUGAUGGUGCAGAUGCUUAAGCAAACAUGAUAGCAUCACUCAAUCCUUUGGCAUAACUACAGAAUCUUGCUGAUUUCUGAAAAAUGCUUGAUUUCAUGAGAAAAUUACUAAAUCAUAGAGUUCCAACUGCUAGCACUACUGCUUUUCAAAUCCUGGUAAAAUUCUUAUGAUAUAACUGAAAUAGUAAGAUAGAGUUCAUCUGAAGAAAGUUCAUAUUCAUAACAGGAGAAAAUAAUAUAAGAUACAUAAUGAAGUUAUCCAAUUAAAUAAUCUUACUUUUACUCAUGUCAUAGCCAAAAUCUAUUUUGGAUCAUUUAACAAAAGUUUAGAGUUAAUACAGUCAGCUAAAAAAAAGUUGUGGAUAGUCAGUGUUACUUAUGAAUUCAAUAUUAUCCUUCAGGAUCUGGAAAUAUUCUACUAAACUUUAAAGGCUCAGAAAAUGAAGGAGACAUUUGGACAAUCCAAAUGAGAUUCAGGUGAAGUCUUUUACUUUUUCCCAAAGCUGUUAUAUGGUAUGUCUCAAGAACAUUUAUUUCAUUCUCAUCAGAUUACUGGAACAAAUAGUUCAAUUGUUAUUCCACCUUAAUUCCAGCAAUGUCACUAAUGUUGCAGUUCAAUAAAUAAACAAGUAUUAGAGUGGCAUUCAGUUUCAGCAAUUUCUCGGAAUCUAGCAUUACAUAAUGUGGGAAUUUCCAAUCAUUCUGUAGAACUAAAGUCUGAUAUCAUUGGCUGCCUUCUUGCAGUACUACAGUGCCAAAAUUCUGACCUGUAAAUGUUAUCAUAUACCAUGUGAACUACCAGCACAUUUUGAAUGUGAUUUUUAGCUCAUACCAGAGUGAUGAUUCUCAAAAAGAGUAUCAUGAGACAUUCUAUUAGCAGAUAUUUUUCAGUGAGUUACUGAUACCUUGUGUUAAAUAGUAUAUUGCACUUCUUUAUUAGAAUAUUUUUUUGUCAUUACUGACUGGAAUGUGAUUUUGUAUCUUCCAAACUGAAAUUAUGUGCCUUGAAUAGUAGUUCAGGAGAGCACAAUAUUGAUCAUAAGCACAACCACAUACACAUCACUGCACCAUGUUAUAACUCUCAGCCCCACCACCUUGCGCUGGGUAUUAGAGCCUUUAUCACCAAUUGUUGAUGCUGCACUUAUGCUAUAAGUUAUUAUCUACUCAUGUGCACCUCUCAUAACUAAUAUAAAAUGCACUAUUAGAUAUACUAUUGUUAAAUGUUGAGAUUUCAUGGAAUAGUGAUUCACUUGGAUUACUUCAUAGAAUAAUCCAGGUUGUGAGUGUUAAGGUGUAGGAAAGUCUUCCAUUAUAACUGCCACCAAAAGCAAUGUAUCUGUGUUACAUACUAAAUGUGUGAAGGAUUAUCCAGUCAUUUCAUGUCUAUGUGUAUGCUAUGUGCUCUGUGUAUUUAAAUGAAGCCAAAGUUACUGGUGUACUGUUUUUGGGGGUAUCUGUAUUGAUGUUGAACUGUCCUUGCCUUGAUUUAUACAUUACAAAUUGGUGGAUAUAUGAAUAAUGUGGAUGAAAUAUGACAUUAGAUUUCUGGAGUAUGCUCCUGUUGACAUUGAAACAGAAUGAAGAAUAUUAAAUAGGAACUCUAGUAGUUGAAUGUAUGCCUGAGUUUGGAAAAAGAAAAGUAAACGUUUGUUGGAAAAAAAAAAAUUGGUCAGCAUUUUAGGCUGAACUAAAAUACUUAAAAGGGCAUUUUGAUUAUUUUGCGUAAUAUUGGAAUUUAGUUAUUUUACCCUUUAUUGCAAAUUCUGUAUUUCAUAUAUCAAGACACUUGACAUUGUUUUACUUUCAACUUCAGAAAUUCCUCAACUCACUUCCGUGCAUUGUAAUUGAUUAGAUAUGAGUGGCAAGGUGAUGACAAAAGAAUGGAUGAAGUGGUUGGUAAAUGGAAAGUAUCUGGAGAAAAAGUGUAAUAGUUAAGUAUUAUACAAAGUCAUUAUUUUUAACAAACUCAUGUUUUCAAGACAAAAAGAAUUGAUAGAUAUACAGAGAUUAUUUAUCUGUAUAUAUCCAAUGUUUAUUUCUAUGAACUCUCAGAGGAUGGUCAUGGCAAAAAUUCCCAUUUAUUCAUGAUUCAUUUCAAAAUCCUUUAGUGUUACAUAAUAAUUUGUCUAAAAGUAAACCCUCUUAUUACUGAAAACUAGCUGGAUAAGAAAUACAUUACAGUUGUCACUUUGAAAACAAAUUGAGGCACCAUAAAUAUAAAUUGGAAGUAACAAAUGAGGAGCCCUGUGUGACAAGGACCAACACAAUUGUAGUUCUGAGAUAUUUAGUGUUAACUUUGAGCAAUUGUAGCAUAUAGAAAAAAAAAAAAAUUUGUCAUGGGUUUCCUGAAAAAAUUAAAAGAACAACAAAAUGGGUUUCAUUACUUGUUGUUGGAUUGCUGCCCAAAUUGACCCCAGGGAACUGGCACUAUGAAUAUAACAUGGUAUAAUUUUUAGCCAAAAAUAGGCAAAAUAAAAAUCAUGAUUUUUUUUUUUUUUUUUUUUUUUUUUUUUUUUUCAAGAUUUUGGGUUUUUGUGGGUUUUUAUAUGUUAUGGCUGUCAUAAAGGUAUUAUUCAUUGAUACAAUCACAGUUGAUUACAUUAUCUAACAAUAGAUGUAUAAGUUACUUAUGUGGGUGGUGCUGGAUGAAGAGGUGGAAGGGUUUAAUAAUCCAGGACUUUAAAGGGCACAAAAAUGCAACGAGUAUGUGCAUCAUAAACUAAGACACACAUUACCACUGCGCACUGCUGAUCGGUCGAGAGCUGGUGUCCCAGCCGCUCUCCCAUUAGUUCAACACUCUUGCCCGCUAAAACCCAACCCAUCUAGCUGUUUCUAGCUGCUUUCUACGCUCCAAAGUUAGCAACACUCAAUCUUCUGUAGCUUUGCUAUAAGAAUGAGUGUCAAAAUUCAGUUUUCACCACGUUUCAGCAAUAGUGGGCCCGGCGGGAAACACAGAGAGUGUAAUUCUGGUGUUGGUGUGUUGGGUCCUAUUGCAUGGGCUCCUCAUAUCUCCUCUUGGAUGUCAAAAGUAACUCACUGCAGUAUUGUCUGCCACAUCAUAUCAUGUAAGCUUGUAUAUCAAGAUGAUAAAUUUCUAUUGGUUAUUGAGAUGGUUAAAGAUUAAUGGAAAAAUAAAAAGAAUUUGUUUGAGGGUUAACUUUUCUAAAUUUAAAUAGUAAUUUGACAUUGUUCAAAUGAUUGUCUGCUAUAUCUCAUCAGUUAUCUUUUUUUCAGCAAUCUAUUUUGGGUGACAUUUUUCUUUAUGUACAAAGUGGACAUAAAGAGCCUUUCUUUGCUGAACUGUAUAUCUCCUUGCUAUAUUUUGUAAAAGUAUAAUAUACAGAGAUUCUUCAAUUAAUAAUUAUCAUUGAAGUGACCAUUAAUACUUAAUUAAUUUGUUAAUGUUGAAGAUGCAUAUAUUAUUAAGAACAAGUUUGUGUUUGAACUUCUUGAUAACAAAGCUUAUAGCAAUAUCGAAGUGGAAGGAUUAUUAAAGUAGUGGUUGUCUUCCACUUCACACUACACCAUUUGUUCUGCUGCUGCUGCCAUGGCUAAUAUUAUUUCAUGCUCUGCUGAUAUCAUUAUUGGUGGGCUCACAGGGAAUCUGGCAGCACGUCUGCUAUGUCUUGUUUCUGUAAGUAGGAUCCCUAAAGGAAAGCAGUGUAUCAUUUUUGUACCUGUAGAUUUGGUUUGAUAGAAAACUUGCAGGUGAAUUGUCAUUCUGGAAAUCUAAAGAUUCACUUUAUCGUAAAGCAGUUAUACUGUUACUUAAAACCUCAGCCUUAAAUUCUAGAUGUAUAACCAUUGUCAUAGUGAAACACUAGCUAUGUACUGAUACAUCCUACGCACAUAAAAUAUUGAAUUGGAAUCCACGUUUACUACUAGACUUAGCACAAGUACUUAGGGCAUGGACUGAAUGUUCAGGUACAACUUGAGAAGAUAAGUUGAUGGGGAUGGCUUUUUGAAGAUCCACAUAGCCCUUGGUGCUUCACUUGACAGAAGCCACAACAAAGAGUAUAAUGAAUAAUAAUUUAAGUGAAUAGCAGAUACGUAUAUAAUAAUGUGGCAAAGAACCAAAUGGUGAAACCUUUGAACAAUCAAGCAGCAAUAAAGUUUUCUAGUAUUAACUAAGACAAGCAUUGCCCACCUCAAAAAUAUGUUGUGGUGCCAGCCACAUUGAAUCUGUCCAAGAGUCCAUGUUAUUCUACUUACUUACAUACUACAUUGUACAUCUAUAUUUACAUUCAUACACCUCUCCACUGUUUAUACUAUUCUUGGUGAGAAGUAUGUAUUGGAAAUAGGCAUGUGGUUGAUUUAAUUCGUAAGUUCACCAUGUGAAAAUAUAUUGUAGCCUCUGAUUGACCCUGUAUGCAAAAGCAGCUUGUUUUGAUUUGUUAUAAUUGAGCAAGCCAGCACACAGGAUCAAGGUAUGCUCGUAAAUUGUUUUAUCUCAGGCAACCUGUUUACAAGUUAAGUGCAAUAGCAGAUAUAAACAUUGUGCUUUUUUUUUUUUUUUUUUUCCAGUAAAAUUAGUACUCAGUAAUGCUGGAAAAUUUUAUUUAUAAAAUUCAGUCACCAGUUUUCAUCAGUAUUAUUAAUUAGGAAAAGCUUGUUGUACUGCAUAUAUUUUAAGCACUAGUAAGUCAUAAAGGUGCCUGUCACUAUAUGUCAGUGUGUAUUGUCUACCAUAGCAAAGUAGUGUCCAUUAUUAAUGUUGUGUGGUUAUGGUCGUGAAGUAAUCUGUUUAAUUCUGCAUAUGGUAUUUUUAUGGCAUUUCUCACUCAUUGCAGCUAUGACAAAGUAUGAAUGUAAAAGGAAAAGUAUUUAAACAAAGAAUUCUUUCUUCUAAGUUGGUUGUGGUCCCACCCUUUCCUCUCUUACUGUCUGACAAUCAAAUUCACCAAAAGUGCAUAUUUGACCUACGCUGCAGUCCUGCAAGUAAGGAGCCUCAUUUUAUGGAGAAAAUAAUUACACUUGUUCAUAUAUCACAUAUUAAGGUUUUUAGUGCUUAUAUGGCAAUAAAUUCAUUUACCAAACAUGCCUUAAAUUUUGUCAUUCAUGCAUAAUACUGUCAAGCCAAAUGAUACCCAUACCAUUUGUUUCAAGUCUAUUGUUACUUGUAUCUCAACACAAUUUCUUUUACUUAGAGUUAAGGAGGAGCAUGAAGCACUUGUUAAAACUUAUGUAUCAAAUCUUGUCAAUGAUGUACAACUGAAAAAAAAAAAAAAAAAGCCUCCAUUGUGGUAAUUGCAACACUGCUAGAAGAAAGUGUGUUUGUAAUAUAAAUAGUGUUACUGUGCUUCAUCUAUAUGAGUAUAACCAUAAUUUUAGAGUGAUCAGUAUAAAGUAAUCCAAGUUUUACAGAACUGAAUACAUAAAUUAUACAAUGGGAAAUUAAGUGAUUAUUAUAAGAAGGCAACUUGGAGUUGGAACCAAGAGUCAAUUUUUUGGUAUGAACUCUGUUGCAUCAUCUAGUAUGAUAACUUUGCCACAUGAAACAUGUAAUAAUGUAAAGUCACUUCAAAUGUAUGGCAUGAAAAUUUUGUAUUCCAAGCAGUGUUUAGUUAUUUAUAAGAUACCUAACUUUGUGUUACAUGUGUAAUUAGAUCCCUAGUACACAAACCCAGGUGACUAAGAAUAUAAGGUCUGGUUAUAGCACAUUAAGUGACUGCAAUGUCAGCCAGUUAGUGGGUGAGGGCAUAAGCCAUUGUUAUCAUCUUUACAUCUUUGGUGGGCAUAUUUACUAUGCCAGACUGUGUAUGGUGGAACAUAGACAUAAAUCAUUUAGUGAGGCAAGGGAUGGGGCACAGAUUGUAAGCAAUAGUAAUGGUUUGUCAGGUCAUAUGGCUGUAUGUUGCAGUUUUGAGACUGCAAAUUUGUGCAAGUAUAUUUUUUGUAUAUAUUAGAGCAAUGUACCUAUAUUACAAGUCAAUUGAUUUAAAUUAUUCCAUUGUGAAAUAUAUGUACAGUACCAUU